ACCUUAUCGUUCGACACGCGAUCGAAAUAACGGCGCCUCCAGUUUCCCCGUUAAAGAUGAUUCCCCGUCACUGUAAACAGGACCACUUUACUAUUAAAACACGCCAUUUCUCUAUCAAACCCCAAAAAACCAAAAGCUCCUCUCUAUACUCAAUCCUAGCCGUUAAAAACAACAAUCAAUCAAUCAUCAUCAUCAUCUUCCUUCUUCUUCUUCUUCCUCAUCCUCUCAACUUUAACCAUAUCUCUCUCUCUCUCUCUGUUUCGUAGAAAAGUUAAACUUCACGCACACGUAACCUAAAAAAUCGAAGAUGGUGAGGAAAUGUAGGAAAGGUAAAGGAUUAGUGGAAGCUGGAGUUUCGUCGACGUAUAUGCAGCUUCGUAGCCGGAGAAUCGUUUAUAUCAGAUCGGAGAAAGCUAAUAGCUCCGUCGGUGAUAUUAAUAAUGGAGUUUUGUCGUCUUGUUGUGGGAGCAAUGAAUAUAAUAAUAAUAAGAACAUAGAUCUGGAGGAGGAGGAUAAAGAUGGUGACACUGAAACGUCGACGUAUCGACGGAGUACGAAGAGGAAGCUGUUUGAGAAUUUGAGAGAAGACGACAAAGCGACAAGCAAAUCAAUGGAGAAUUAUUCAUUGGAAUUUGAACCUAUGGUUAAAGAGUCGUCAGAUAGUUGUUGUAGCGGGAGAGUAGCGAAGGAGGAAGAGAAGACGGCGGAGAUGCCAACGGUAUCAGAAAUCGAAGAUUUUUUCGCGGAGGCUGAGAAACAACAUCUCAGUAAAAAAUUCGAGAAGAAGUAUAAUUUCGAUUUUGAGAAGGAGAAGCCAUUAGAAGGACGUUACGAAUGGGUUAAGUUAGAGUGAAGAAGAAGGAAGAAUUAUGUUUUAGUAGUUAAUUUUUUUAGAUUUUAAUUUUUAUAAGAAUAAGUUAAUUUCUUUUUCUUUUAGCUUUAUUUUGUUGAAGUUGGGAAAAGAAGAUUUGUAGAAGGAAUGUUUUUAGAAGUACGAAAUUGCACAGAAAGUAAGAAAAAGCUUUUUGUUGAGUUUUCUAACAGAUUUUUAGAGCCCAGAAAAGUCGUGUCUUUUAGCUCAACGUUUCCCUUUUUUUUUUACCUCUUCUUCCUUCGAAUCCUAUGUACUUCUCUAUCUUUUAGCAUAUUCUUAUGGGUAGGAGUACAUUUUUGUUUUUGUGGACAAAAAUAAUCAUUUUAUUUCUA